CAUAACCCCUCGGCCGCGUAGCUCCGAUCUUGCAAAAACACCUUUCGAGAGGUUGAGCAGCUUGUACAAUGUCGGAAAUGAACGAGCUGUCCGAGCUGUAUGAAGAGAGCAAUGACCUGCAGAUGGAUGUGAUGCUUGGCGAGGGUGACCUUCCGCAGAUGGAGGUAGGCAGCGGGAGCCGGGAGCCAUCCCCGAACGCCUCCCGCAACGGGGCCCAGCCACAGCUCGAGGAGGAAGGCCCAAUGGAGGAGGAGGCGGCCCAGCCAAUGGCGGAGCCGCAGGGGGAACGAGGCCUUGCUAACCGGCCCAGCCCUGGGGAGCAGCCAGGCCUGAUCGCGGGCCCUGACUUCGAGAGCGAGGACGAGGGCGAGGAAUUUGAUGACUGGGAGGACGACUACGAUUAUCCGGAAGAGGAGCAGCUGAGUGGUGCGGGCUACAGAGUAUCAGCGGCCCUUGAAGAAGCCAACAAGAUGUUUCUGAGAACAUCCAGAGCAAGGGAAGCAGCCCUGGAUGGCGGGUUUCAAAUGCAUUAUGAGAAGACCCCGUUUGAUCAGUUGGCUUUUAUCGAAGAGCUUUUUUCACUUAUGGUUGUCAAUCGUCUGACCGAAGAACUCGGCUGUGAUGAGAUUAUUGAUAGAGAGUAAUUAAAUGCUGUUAAAAGAGGAGGAAAAGUUGAGGAGAGACCCAACAUUCCACUGCCUUUUGGGUUCAUUCCAGAUAGUACCGUGCCAAUGAAAAACUUAAUCUUCAAAAAAAGAUUUUUGUUGUUGUUUUGCAGAAUAGAAUAGGGCAGUGACUGCACAGUUAUGAAAAAGAAAAAAUUGUUAAAGAAGAAAAGGCAUUUUAGGACUGUGGAAAUCUGUUUUCAAGAACCUUCCUGAAACACCUGUGGCUUUGACUUUGUUAUUGAUCCAGAUUAUUCUCCUUGCAUUGGGGAAAAUAUCUUUCAUACUUCACUGUAAGGGAUGGUUUUGCGAGAGUGAAAGACUUUGGUUGAACUUCAUAACAUAAGAACUGUCAAAGGGAAAAUGUCAAGUAAAAGGAAAGCCCUGCAUCUAAAAAAAGACUGAACAAUUAUGCCCUCAAUCUUUAAAGGUUUUAAACCUGCCCAGAAAUCCUCAUCAGUAUCUGAAGUUUCCCUCUGUCUCCUCCUCUAAUGAAGCUUGUUAUUGGUUAUGCACCAGCAUUCGAGAUAAUAAAAUUUCUUGUUCUGUGUA